CUUACUCCUUUCCAUUCUCUCUGCCGUGUUUGGUGCUCUCUCUGACAGUUUGAAUACAACUCUUUACCUCGUCAACACGCGCAUACACAUCAGUGGAGGCUGACACUAUAUACUUUAGCAGAUAUAUACAAACAUACACUUAGCUCACGAUCGAGAGAGAGGGCACUACGUGUGUGCAAACUUGUUUUUCUUCUCUGACUGUGUUACUUUAAUCUGCCAUCGUGGAUUUCAAAGAGGAACCCAUGGCGAAUACUGCCAUGAUCUCGCCCAAACCUGGGUAUCCGGCAACAUCACCCGUAUCAAUGAAUACGAUGACGGGUAUGACGGGCGUCGGGAGUAUGACGUCGAUGAACAGCUACAGCUCGAUGACGACCACGGGAAUGCCGGGGAAUGCGAUCACCAGCAUGAGCGGCAUGACACACGCGGGUAUGACGGGGAUGUCCAGCAUGUCAAGCAUGGCCGGUAUGGGGAUGAACCCGCAAAUGGGAAGCAUGGGCCACAUGAACUCGAUGACAGGUAGUAUGAAUGCCAUGGGCUCCAUCAAUGGUAUGAACUCAAUGGGUGCAAUGAAUAACCCCGCUGCUAUGUCAAUGAGAUACGCUCAAGCUCAGGCUGCUAACUCCAUAGAUCGUAUCCGGGCUGAUAAGACUUACCGAAGAUCAUACACUCAUGCCAAACCUCCUUAUUCUUACAUCUCUCUUAUAACAAUGGCCAUCCAACAAUCUCCUCAGAAAAUGGUGACUUUGAGUGAUAUUUAUCAAUUUAUCAUGGACUUGUUUCCCUUUUACCGUCAAAAUCAACAAAGGUGGCAAAAUUCAAUUCGUCACAGCCUCUCAUUCAAUGACUGUUUCGUUAAAGUUCCAAGAACGCCAGAUCGACCAGGAAAAGGCAGUUUUUGGACUCUUCAUCCUGACGCUGGCAAUAUGUUCGAGAAUGGAUGCUAUCUAAGACGCCAGAAGAGAUUCAAAUGCCCCAAGAAGGAGGCUCAACGGCAGGCGCAGAAAGCAGCCGGAGAUGACGGCCAACCGCACGAGAACGGAGACCCUAACGCGAGGGACCCAUCAACCCCUGUAUCGCACCCUACCCCAACCGACUCAGUGGCAUCAGAAGCGGCACUUCCGAACCAGAACCAACAACUAGAACACCCACAACAGGUCCCGACACCACAACACCAACAACAAAGUGGUACGCUGCAUAAGAUGGAGAAUCAUCAGUUAUCACCGCCACACAGCAUGAGUAGCUACGUGAAUCCAUCUCGUCCCAUCGCCUAUCCGGCAGCCACGGCAACCAUGGGUAUGUCUGGGAUGACGGGCAUGCAUCCAGCCAGUAUGCUUGGUCAACACCCUUCCUUUGCACAUUCACAUCCAUUCUCCAUCAACAGUAUAAUCUCACCCGAACAUAAACUGGACAUGAAGGCUUAUGAAGCCAUGGGAUACAAUCCUUACAACUCCAUGGGCAUGCAGACUCAGGGUGCGAGACCCACCGUGGACUAUAACUCCCCAAUGGGGCCAGGUGAAGUAACGUAUAGUCAGCUCACAACGGCUCAGGCAAAUCAUGCAAUGUGAGUUAAUAUGUGUUUAACAAAACAAAAACUCUUUGGACCUUUUCUAUUUCAAUUUAUGAUGUCAGUAAGAUCCUGUAAAGUUAUAAUUUGUGAUAGAUUACGUGUUUAUAGACAAGUGAGAAAGAAGAUAAUUAUGUCACGGAUAUUGUUAUAUUAUUGACAAGUACGGUUACAGAUGGAGCGCCACAGAUUUUUUUAACUUUCUUUUGGAAGAAAUAUUUUGACGCCGAAUCCAGAGCUGAAUUUUAGAAAUAAAAUACAAUUUCUUAGUGAAUUUUCUUGUUUUCUACUCAGACAAUCAUUCACACUUCGUGCAAAUGUCACCAUGUGUUAAAUGAAAUAGAAAGAGAGCUUGACAUUUUAAGUGUUCUUUUUAUUUAACCCGAAACACUGAGUUAAAUCGAUCUAAUCAUUGUAAUAUGUAUAAUUCUGAAAUGUGAGUUACAUCGCCAAAUUCAAUUCCAACAUUAUUCCAAAACGGAGAAAUCUUGAUUUUAUUGUGAAUUGAUAGUUGGUAUUUAUUUAUUUGAUAUUGAUAUAUAUUAGUUAUAGGAUAUUUGUCAUUUAGCUAGUUUCCGUAGUCCUGUAUAACACCACAUCACUUAAAAAAAAUCCUAUGCCCAAUUCAAUAAUGGAAUGAGAAGAAAAUAACCAGCAUUAUUUAAUUUUGAAUUCCUUUUCAUUUAUCGCACCGUCAUACAAAUCCAUAUUAAUAUAGAAUGUCAUUUUAUAAUGAUAUUCCGAUAAAGAUAAAUUACGUGCAAUGUUUGCAUAAUCAUGUUCAGCUGGAAAGUAAAUGAAGUGUAUUUCUUUUUAAUUGACGACUGUUUGGAAAGGGAUCUAUUCCUAAAUGAUAAUGUAGGAUUUAAGGUAUCUCACCAAAGUGCCAAAUGCAAUAUCUAAUCUUAAACCUACAUCUCUCUGUCAACACCUGAAAACUUUGUGUUUGUGUCAGUCUUUCUUGUAGUAAACAUUUUAUUACAUAGAUCACCUGUAUUUAAUAAGUUCAUGAUAUUUUUGUAAAUGUUACCGUGUCCAUUUUGAUACAGACAGUGUUCAUUUUUACCCCUUUUCGUUUUUUUUGGUUUAAUUAGAAAAGGAGGAAAACGUGCAACCUAAAAAAUAUAUAUAUUCAAAUUGAUUUUCAAAAAUCAUCUUUACAUUUAAAAGUGAUCUCCAUUCAUAAUUCAAAAAGCCAAAGAAAACCAUAUCAUACAAUAACACGUUGUUUUUGUUUUUGUUUAAUUGAAAAUAGAUGUAUACGUUGCACAACUCGUGUGUAUAUUUUCUUGUAAACUAUUCGUUCAUUUCAUUUCGAGAAAGAUUUAAUCGAGUGCUAUGUUAAGAUAUAUCGAGCAAAGAUGUUCAAAAGAAAAGCAAUGUUCUUCUUUUCUCUCAAUAAACCGCUGAAAAGAUAUAUUGAAAACAUUUCAAAACCUGUUUCAUAUUGCAAUAUUCAAAGUUUAUCCAUUUUAACUAUGUUGAUACAUACUGGAUGAAUUUACUUGAUAAUUUGGGAAAGACUUCUUUUUAUCUUCCUAUGAUUUGAUUCAUUGUAUCAAAUUUAAACUUAGUGUACUCAUACAUUAUGUGCACCAUUUCAGAAAAUACAAAGUCGGUCAAAAUCA